ACAUACAGCAUUGCCGAGACCUUGCCCGCCACGCAAGGACGAGCACCAGCCCCUUGCUAGAAAAAUCGUCAUUUUUAUACCGACUCGCCCGGCGAAAAGUCCUCUUUGCAAAAAUAGAUAAAAAAACAAAAAUUUUAAAUUUCGAAUUUCAAGUGACGUUUUAAAGUUGGAACUUCAUUUUGCUUAAAUUGUACUUAAAUUUAAAUUAGUGAAUCGUAUGCAAAAAUCUAGCUUAAAGUGAUUUUAAAAUUAUACGAGUUAAAAUUUCAGUCAAACCUGGGUAAGUGAGAACUGGAUAAGUAAGAAAACUCUAUAAGUGAGAGUAAUAGCAAGGACCCGUCAUUAGCUCCCAAAACCUCUAUUAGCGAGAAACAGAAACCUCUGUAAGAGAGAGUCGUUUUUUCCUCAUGGACCUCCGUGACUUCGAUCAAAAAACCAUGUUCUAAACCAGAAGCUGUGCAAAUUUGUAAAGAUGGCCUCGUUGAUUAUAAGAUAUUUCUUGCCGUAUUUGCUGCUUCCAUUAGUAAUAAGAGGAAAUGAAACAAUCAUAAAUGAUGAGUCGGUAGAAGAUACCCGCCAGCCUCGAGCCAGUGGAAGAAUAGUCAAAUUGUACUCAGGGGCUAGACGAGAACCAAUCAUAUGCUCCAGUGAUGGUUUUAAGGCUGAUCCACACGACUGCACUGUGUUUUACAGGUGUAUGAAAUCAGGAAGUGGAAAGUAUACUAUUUUUAGGUUCCAAUGUGGGCCUGGAACCAUCUACGACAUAGACUCGGAGGUAUGUAACCACCCACGUAGUACAAAACGGUCCGAGUGUGGUGGCCUUAAUGUGCCAUCGAUAGAAGAAAAUGAUAAUGGAAUCGAAAAUUACAACCAAGAAGUUCCUAAGCCUAUAAGUACCAAGUUUCCUGUUUACUUUACUACGAGUACAACAGUAAAAACUUCAACGAUUUCCUUAACUACGCCUAGUUCUAAGCCAAACACAGAUUCACUAAAUCUAGAUACUGCGAAUGAAAUCACGAAAUUUCACGAAAGCGUUGUCUCUACAGUUCCGAUGACCUCUACAACAAAGUAUUAUGAGCAUAAAAAUAAUGCUAUUGUUGAUUAUUCGUCAUCAUCACCAACAAAACUCGAAGCAGUCACUGCCUCGCAAGGACUAAAAUCGCAGAGCAACAUUUGUAUUUCUGAAGGUUUUCUGGGUGACAGUGAAAAUUGUCACAAAUUUUAUAGAUGUGUUGGCAAUCAAAGAGGUGGUUUCAUGAAAUUUGAAUUUUCGUGUAGUGCAUUCACUGUGUGGGAUGAUGAAAUACAAGCAUGUAAUCAUCCUUGGGCUGUAAAGAGAAGUAGAUGCAGCAGAAGCAGUUCAGAUUCCAGUAGCGUCCAAAUAAAGCCAGCAAUAAAAGAUUCCCAUAUAGGAACCAUGCAAACGACUACAAGCAGUUUCACAGAAAAUGGCACAAUUAAUAGUAGUCAAGUAAUUCACGCUCCACAUUUGUCACAAGCUCCUGUGAAAAUAAAUGACGAUGAACUAAAACAAAAUGCAAAUAAUAAAAUAGAACAGAAUCACUCACACAUAAACUAUGGGGAAGUAGAAAGCCAUAUUCCAACCAAAAUUUACAAAGAUAUAGCACUCUUUCAAAACCAGACAGAUAAAUUUAAGCAGCCGAGCCAAAAAGAAGAAGUAAAUAAGACAGGUACAAAUGUACCAACAGCUCAGACAGAAUCUAACCCAAAAAUAAAUAAUUUAUGUGUUCAAACCGGUUUUCUCGGAGAUCCUUACGACUGCAAAAAAUUUUAUAGAUGUGUUGAUACUGGAAAAGGAAAUUUUAUAAAAUAUGAAUUUUCAUGUGGUGAAAGUACGGUAUGGGAUCCAAAAUUAGAAGCUUGUAAUCACGCCUGGGCAGUUCCGAAAUGUGGUGGAAAUUUUAUGUCUACUACUGAAGUUGACGUAGUGGAAUCAGCACUUAACGCGUCUAACUCUUUCACACCGUCAGCACCUGUCAUCCAAACAACUAUAGAAAUUGACGCUGAAGAAGAAGACAUCGGGUAUGGAAAUAUUCAUUCUUCAGUAAAAACGACGACUCCCAGAACGACCACUAUCGAUAGUAGCCCUCAAAUUUCACCAUUGAACGAUUGUAAGUCAAGUGGCUUCAAAGGUGACUCAAAAGAUUGUAGUAUAUUUUAUAGGUGUGUCGAAGAUGCUAAUGGAAGAUAUACAAAAUAUGAAUUUAAAUGUGGGGAAGGUACAGUCUGGGAUUCUAAUCUAGAAGCUUGUAAUCAUGCUUGGGCAGUAAAAAAAUGUGGAGAGAAUGAAUUAUCUAUUGAAAACAUAUCAACAACCACUGAAACUACAACUAUUAGCAAAAAUCCAACAUCACCUAGUCAAACUAUAAUGAAUAGUAAAAAUCCAAUAACGACAUUAAAUGGUAAUCUAACUACCACUACUACUACUGAAAUAUAUCAACCUGAUCAAGAAGACUCUGGUUAUAUUGGUCAUAUUGAAGAAAUCACAUCCUCAACAACAAAACUACCCGAUUCUUCGAUAAACGGAAGUAGUGAAUGUAAAUCAAAUGGCUUUCUUGGAGAUAAAAAUAACUGUAAAAUUUUUUACAGGUGUGUAAGUAACGGUGAUGGUUCGUUUAAUAAAUACGAAUUUACAUGUGGCGAAGGAACAGUUUGGGAUAGUAAAAUUGAAGCAUGUAAUCAUGCAUGGGCAGUGGAAAGUUGCGGUGGUAUUAGUGUAUCAAGUUCUAGUGAAAUUUUUGAUUUAGUUUCCACAAUUUCUCCUCAAUUGACGACUACAAACAAAGCCGAAAAUUCCAACAUUGAAUCUACAGGCGACACGGCGACGACGACACUAGUAUUAGUAUCAUUUUCUACUACAACUACAGAAACCGUUGCUUUGACAACAAAUACAUGUAAAAGCACUGGCUUCAUAGGGGAUCAAAAAGAUUGUAAGAAAUUCUAUAGAUGUGUUGACAAUGGAGAUGGAACUUUUACACGUUUUGAAUUUAAUUGUGGGGAAGGAACUGUUUGGGAUAGUAAAAUUGGUAAUUGUAAUCAUGCUUGGGCUGUAGAAAAAUGUGGAGAGUAUGGCGAAGAUGAAAAUUCUAACGCAGCCAAUACUUCUGAUGGUAAACCAAUUUUCGCAGAUGAAUAUGACAACGGAGUUGCAACAACAAGUAAAACGACUAAUAAUGAAAAACCAGAUUUUAUUCAAACAACAGUAUUAAGUCCAAUUGUAAACACAAUUUGUAAGCAGAGUGGAUUUAUUGUUGACAAAAAUGACUGUCAGAAAUUUUAUAGGUGUGUUGAUGAUGGAAAGGGUGGAUUUAUACAGUUCGAUUACCGAUGUGGGGAGGGUACCGUUUGGGAUUCUAGUAUUGAAGCUUGUAAUCAUGUAUGGGCUGCGCAAGAGUGCAGAUUUGAUAAUGUUACAAGUGAAACGAUUGAUAGUUCAACACAUGAGUCGCCACCUACCUCUUCCGUUCAAGAAUCACUAAAUUCCACAUUACCUUCAGUAAUUAAUACCGUCGCAACAUCUACAGAAAAGGCCGUAAGCGAUUACUGCACGCAAGAUGGUUUUAUCGGUGACAAAAGAGAUUGUAAAACGUUUUAUCGUUGCGUUCACAAUAGUCAUGGUGAUUUCAUAAAAUAUGAAUUUCGCUGUGGAGAAGGGACUUUUUGGAACCAAGAAAUACAAGCUUGUGACCAUGUUUCAGAAAAUAAGAGAUGCUACAGUCCUGAUCAUGAAAUCGUUGAUACUAGACCUCAAAUCGAAAAUGAUGAAAUUUAUACAGAAGCGAUGACCGAAAUCAUAAGUACAUCGCAUUCACCAAUUGUGACGCAAAAACCUGUGAUCUCUGAGGAUACUUGUCAAAAUGAAGGAUUUUUUGGGGAUUCUAGUGAUUGUCAAAAAUUUUAUAGGUGUGUGGAAGAUUCAAAAAAUGGAUACACAAAAUAUGAAUUCGUUUGUGGCGCUGGUACAAUUUGGAAUCAAGAUAUUAUAGCUUGUGACCAUCCAACUUCAGAGAAUAAAUGCUUAGGUGAAAAUAUCAAUUCUAAUCCUAACCAAACGAAUGAAUCAAAUGUAGAUGGAGAAUCUUCAGAUAUUACAAGCACGCUUAAGCCGCAUUCUACUCGAGAACCAGAAAAUUCAACGUCUGCAGACACUGACGAAUGCAUUUCUGAAGGAUUUUAUGCAAACUCGCAUGAUUGUAAGAAAUUUUUCCGUUGCGUCAUAAACGACAAAGGAACGUUUACCAAAUAUGAUUUUAUUUGUGGUAUUGGUACAAUAUGGGUUCAAGAGAUACAAGCAUGUGAUCAUAAUAAUGGAAUCGAGACUUGCACUUCGAUAAAUAUACCAGAAACUUCUACAGUUACAUACGCUUCAACUACAAGCCAAUCGAGCUCAAAUACCACUCCAUUACUGUCAACACCCAUAAAAAAUGAUAAUGACUACUACACCAGUACUAAGAAACCCAAUACAGAAGUAUGUGAAGCAGAGGGAUUCUUCGGAAAUGAUAAUGAUUGCAAGAAAUUCUAUCGCUGUGUAGAUAAUGGUCAAGGUGGCUAUACAAAACACGAGUUCAGUUGUGGUGAAGGGACCGCGUGGGAUACCACUAUUGAAAGUUGCAAUCACAUAGACAACGUUAAAAAUUGUCAUUUUUCACACCAAGAUGAAAGUCAAACACAGCCGAUAUUAUUCGACGAAAUGCCAUCCACUGAAAAUGAACAGGGCACAACAAGAGUUCCAUCUUCUUCACAAUCUACUGAGAGCAGUAUUUCGGAUGAUAAAGCAAACUGUGAAAGUGAAGGCUACUUUGGCGACACUGAGGAUUGUAAAAUAUUUUAUAGAUGUGUAGAUAAUGGAAAAAACGGAUUUACCAAAUAUGAAUUUACUUGUGGAGAAGGUACAAUCUGGGAUCAAGACUUAACUACAUGUAAUCAUCCGCAAGACGUAUUAAAACCUUCCUGUGGUCACACUAGUGAACAGAUUUCUACAUCAUCUACAAUGAGUUCUUCAUCAUCAGACUCUCCUUCAGCAACCAGUACUUUAUCAACGACCGCAAGUACCACAGAAAUCAGUAAUAGUACCUCAAACAACGCUUCCCAAGAAAGUUCGAAUAAACCAAACCAGAAUAUCACUUGUCCUAAAGAAGGCUUUUAUCCGAAUCCUAACGAUUGCAAGAAAUUUUAUAGAUGUGUUGAUUGGGAUAGUAAUGGUCAAAGAUUUUCAGUGUAUCAUUUUGAAUGUGCAGAUGGAACUAUUUGGGAUCCUGCACUUAAUACUUGUAAUCAUGAAGAAUCGGUUUAUCCUCCUAGAGACUGCAGUAAUACACAAUCAGAAAGCCAAAUCACAGGACAAGAAACUACUACAGAAGAACAACUGCAAGAAUCAUCUACACAGACAACUAGUGAAAUGACAACUGCAACUAAUGAAGAGGCGGCUACUCAACAAACAUCAACGACUCAAAAAACCACAACAACGGAAGAAACUACUAUGAGUGAAGAGCCUACAACACGACAAACAACCACACUAGAUACAAGUACAAUACAUAGUACAACUCAGCAACACUCUACUGAAGAAAUUUCAACAUCACAAACGCAUGCACAAAGCACUACGCAACAAGCAACAACUCAAACACAAACAAGCACACAAAUUACUGUGCAACAAACAACAACAUCUGAACCCAGUACAACUCAGCAACAAACAAGUUCACAAACCACUACAGAUCAAACAAUGGAAAAUUCUACUAGUGAUCAAACAACAUCAACCACUAAUACGGCCACAACACAACCAACAACAAGUGAAUAUUCCAGUACUGAGAUAUCAACUACUUCAGAGACGGCUAUAACAGAGCAAUCUACAAAUCAAGCAACCAAUUCAACUCAAAUGACAACUACUCUCACUGAUGUCUCAACUACUACAGAUCCAACCCUAUCUACUACAACAGAAACAGCCAGUAUAACAGAAGUCAGUCAAGAAUUAACAACUACUGAAGAAAAUUCAUCUACGACCAGUGAAGGACCCACAGAAGCUUCUACUCAAGAAAUUGGCACUGAAUCUUCUACCACCAAUAUGGAAACUUCCACUGAAGGAAAUACUGAUGGCAACUGCCCUAAUACGGAAGAUGAUCAGCAUUUGUUUGUAUGUCCUACGUCGUUCAGAAGACAUCCAAAGUAUUGUAAUAUAUUCUAUCAAUGUACAGAAGAUGAUGAAACACACGAAAUUAAAAUAGCUACUUUCAACUGUCCGAAUAAUACUAUAUAUGAUGAAAGUCAAACUAAAUGUGUUGAACAAGAUAAAACGAAUAUUGAGUGCGAUGGUGAAAUAUCAUCAAGGCGAAGACUGAAACAUUUAUCAUUACAUUACAAAGAUCCUAUAAUAGUUACGAGGGAUAGUCAAUCAUGUUCAUCCGAAGGCCACAUGCCCUUUGAAAAGAACAGUGAGUGUUCUCCGGCAUUUUUGAAAUGCGAAAAAUCGAAAAAUGGCAGAUUACGGGGUAUAGUACACCAAUGUCCUCAAAAUUACGUGUACUGGUCCAUAAGCAGGCGAUGCGAGCGAGUCGAGAGAGUUAGGGACUGCAAAAGGACUACUAACAACUGGAACGGUAGAUGGGAAAUACCAAUAGACAGACAUAAUGUUGCUUGGUAAUGUGACAACGGGACAUUAAGAAAUAUCGAAAAGACUUCGAUUUUAAAGUAUGUGAUAAUAUACUUUAUUAAUAGUGUAAAAAGUGUAGAAUAGUCUUAUCUAAUAAGGAUUUUAAGUCACUAACCGUUUAUCGUUAGGCUUAUAAGCAAAAUUAUUGCACAAACUUAUUAGAUAUCACUAAAAUUUUCAAUUAUAAUAAGUAACAGUUCCAAAAAUGAUAGAGUUGACUCUAUUUUUUCUAGUCUCAAUUGAUGUUGAAACAUAACCAAUACAUACAUAUGUGGUUGCGCAAACUAUUAUGUUCUAUUAAUAAUUAUGCAAAAAGCGAUAGUUUUAAACAGAACUUGUGAACAAAAUAUUGUUAAAUUUUUUUGAACACAUUAUUUUGAUCACGACUUAAAUUUAUACAAAUAAAUUAUUAAUCAACGA